AUGAAAUUAUCAAUUCGCAGAUCCUUACAUUUUCACAAAUAAGAUUGGCAAGAAAAUAGUGACAACCUUUCUAAUGAUAGUCAAUAAAGUAAAAAAAAACUAAAAAUUAUAUAGAUGUUUAAUCAGAAAUAUUAAAUGAUGAGCCUAGUCCAUUCUCACUUCCAAUAUUUGUAAUACCAAUUAUAUAUGCCACAUUCAUUCUUAUUCUUAUGAUUCAAGUUUACCAUCAAUAAAAACCUUAAAAAAAUCCAGCCAGUGCUUCUGCCACAUUAAAAACACUCUAAGAAAACCUAGCUUCAUCUCCAAUACUUGAUAUUUAAAAUACAAUCCAAAUAAAUCGACUUCAUAGACAUUAUUAGAGUUGUCCAAAUGGAUUUGAAAUUACAACUAUUGGUACUUGGGAAGGGGUCAAUUCAGGUAAAAAAUCAUAUUUUAAAAAGGUUGUCUGUGUUCAAAUGGGGAAUUAAAAGAUAGAUCCUAUUGUUUUACUCAUUUCAAAUCUGAUUGUCAGAGUGUUCCUUAUUAUAAAAAAUAAUAAUUCUAAUAUUGGAAGGGUAAUAUGUUAUGCGUUGAAUUUGCUAAAUAAUGGAAAUGGGUUGGUAAUUAAGAAUGUCCAUCUAAUUAUUAUAAAUGUCCGGCUGGAAUUUGCAUUUCAUCAUCUAAUUCUAAAUGUCCACUUACAGAUUUAAUUGAAACACAAACACAAACUGCAAAAUAGAUUAAAAUUGGGUCAAAAUAUUUCAAUAAGUAUCGUAACGGUUCUACACCAUUAAUCAAUUUUCAAAUUGUUCCUGGUGUUCAUCCAAACUCUAUGUGUUUUAAUUCUAAAGUAUAACCUCAGUUUUAAAGUGGUAAAUAUUAUCCCUUAGCAAUUGUACCAGAAAAAGGAUGUGAUAAAUAUGGAAACACAUAUAAUUACUCAAAAAUAAUUGAUUCAGAUUAUUAAUUAAAUGUUUAUGAUGAUAAUGAUUUUACCAAUUUUUAAAGCAUACCCUAUUUUUUAGAUUAUAUUGAUAGCAUCGAUACUUAUACCUUAUAAUUAAUUAGUAGAAUUACAAUAAAUUCAACAAAUCCAGAAUGUAAUAUUGUAGAUCCAAAUAGUAUUAAAAAUAUGAGAUUACAGGGAGAAAUUAUUAAUUCUUACAGUCGUUAUGUGAGUAAAAUUUCAUUAAUNAAAAUAGUGACAACCUUUCUAAUGAUAGUCAAUAAAGUAAAAAAAAACUAAAAAUUAUAUAGAUGUUUAAUCAGAAAUAUUAAAUGAUGAGCCUAGUCCAUUCUCACUUCCAAUAUUUGUAAUACCAAUUAUAUAUGCCACAUUCAUUCUUAUUCUUAUGAUUCAAGUUUACCAUCAAUAAAAACCUUAAAAAAAUCCAGCCAGUGCUUCUGCCACAUUAAAAACACUCUAAGAAAACCUAGCUUCAUCUCCAAUACUUGAUAUUUAAAAUACAAUCCAAAUAAAUCGACUUCAUAGACAUUAUUAGAGUUGUCCAAAUGGAUUUGAAAUUACAACUAUUGGUACUUGGGAAGGGGUCAAUUCAGGUAAAAAAUCAUAUUUUAAAAAGGUUGUCUGUGUUCAAAUGGGGAAUUAAAAGAUAGAUCCUAUUGUUUUACUCAUUUCAAAUCUGAUUGUCAGAGUGUUCCUUAUUAUAAAAAAUAAUAAUUCUAAUAUUGGAAGGGUAAUAUGUUAUGCGUUGAAUUUGCUAAAUAAUGGAAAUGGGUUGGUAAUUAAGAAUGUCCAUCUAAUUAUUAUAAAUGUCCGGCUGGAAUUUGCAUUUCAUCAUCUAAUUCUAAAUGUCCACUUACAGAUUUAAUUGAAACACAAACACAAACUGCAAAAUAGAUUAAAAUUGGGUCAAAAUAUUUCAAUAAGUAUCGUAACGGUUCUACACCAUUAAUCAAUUUUCAAAUUGUUCCUGGUGUUCAUCCAAACUCUAUGUGUUUUAAUUCUAAAGUAUAACCUCAGUUUUAAAGUGGUAAAUAUUAUCCCUUAGCAAUUGUACCAGAAAAAGGAUGUGAUAAAUAUGGAAACACAUAUAAUUACUCAAAAAUAAUUGAUUCAGAUUAUUAAUUAAAUGUUUAUGAUGAUAAUGAUUUUACCAAUUUUUAAAGCAUACCCUAUUUUUUAGAUUAUAUUGAUAGCAUCGAUACUUAUACCUUAUAAUUAAUUAGUAGAAUUACAAUAAAUUCAACAAAUCCAGAAUGUAAUAUUGUAGAUCCAAAUAGUAUUAAAAAUAUGAGAUUACAGGGAGAAAUUAUUAAUUCUUACAGUCGUUAUGUGAGUAAAAUUUCAUUAAUCUUAACAACAGUUUUAUUAAUAACUUCAUUUUUGUUUUAUUUACUCAGAAAUGUGUCUUUCAUCAGUAUAGAUUUUACAAAAUUUUAACAUAUUGAAUAUUAAUUGAUAAUAACCUUUAUUUUAUGUAUGAGUAAUAUGGCUUUGGGUAUAAUCUAUUAUACAUAAGCUGAUGGUUUAAAAGGAAUAGACGGUUAGAAUAGAAUAUUUCAUGAAUAUAAAAAAUAUAAUUGUUUUACAGAUGAAGGAAUUACGAUAGUAUUUUUAAUAAUUUAAGAUCAUAGGCUGUGAAAGAAGUGAUAUCAUUUGCAGAGCAUUCAUAUUUAAAUACAGAACCACUUGUGAAGGCAUGUUUUUAUGGAAGUAUAUUCUUCAUGGUAAUAAUAACUGUUUUAUUAUUUCUACAAUAUAAGAGAAAAUCAUAAUUCUUUGUCAAACCUUGGAAAGCUUAAUAAAAUUGA